CACACUCUCUCUCUAAAAACUUCUCUUUUCUUUCAGUUAAUUUUGGUUCUCUGAAAUUUCAGAAAUCUCUAUGGAGGACUCGGUCACUACGAAAGUUCAAUCCCCUGCCUCAGUGGAUGCUGGCAAAUCAUCUUCAAAACUCCUUCGCUAUCCGCUUCGAUCAUCUAUGAAAUCUAAGGAAGAGAACCAUCCGUCUACUGAUUCUACAAACUCCUCUGUCUCCAAGAGGGGAAGACCUACAUCAAAUGUGAGUAAGAGCGUGGCUGUUCUUGAUUUCUCUGGCAAGGAGAAAUCUGCAAAGCCGCCAAGAAGACUGUCUGUUCCUUCCAAGUCUUCUGCCAGCACGGCUCCAAGAUCAGUUGGCAAUAUUACCCCAAUUUCUGAGGCUAGAGUGAAGAGGUCUGCAGCCAACCAAGGAAAGUCACCAGUUUCUGAUGUUUCUUUAUCAUCGAGUCGAAGGAAAUUCUGCAUUCUAUCAUCAUCUUCUUAUUGGCUAUCUCAGAUUAAGCUCUCUGAAUCAGCUUCAAAACACAAAAUAUCCCUUGGCUUCUUUGAACUUGCUUUAGAGGCUGGAUGUGAGCCCCUGCAGAAAAUAAGGGAUGAGCUUAAAUCCUAUGUGUCUCGCUAUGACCUUUCUGAACUUGGAGAAUCUGUGAACGAGCUGUUUGAGAUCUAUAAGAUAUCAGAGAACUUUCAGCAGUUGCAAGCCUCUAACAUUGGUCCUCUUGUGCCUGAAGAAGGAAAUCAAUUACCUGAUGAUGAUGUUCACAGCUCUACUUUUUCGAUAACUGAUGCUGAGAAGCUGAAGCCGAAUCCAUCGGACACAGAUGCUGAUGAAAUUCAUGGAGAACAAGAAUCAAACAAGGAAACUAGUAAGAAGGAUGAAUCUGUUAAUAGGAUCAAAAGAUCAGUGAAAAAGGAUGUGACAAACUUAAAAUCUUCAUCAGAAGUUAGGGGCCGUAAUAGUACCCAAAAGAAUCCCAAGAAACCAACGAAGCAAGAGUUAGCUAAAGAUCAGGAUAAGUUGAAGAAGCAGGGAAAGAAAUAUUCUGCUGGAGAAGUUACAGGUCCAAUUCCCUCUUCACCGGAGAAAACACUUCAAGAGAACAAAGAAAACCUUGCUGUUCCCCAGAUCGAGAUCAGUGCAACAGAAGAGUAGGGAAACAACUUAAGCUUGCUGAAAAAAAUAGUAGCUUUAUUUGGCUUGUCAAUUUCAGUAGAACUUUUUUUCUUUCUGGUUUUUAUAGAAUACUGAAUGGUCUAAGGUGGGCAUAUUUGUUGGGUGUGAUUUGUGAAUUUUGUAAUUUUCGUGUGUUUAUGAAGUAUGUUAAGGAUCUUUGUGUAUUUGUCUACCUUUAUACAAUGCGUUAAUAUUUUGGUGUUCGAUGAAAA